UUAGGGCUGAGGGUAGCCCAGGAUGGCCGCAGCUUCAUAUGAUCAGUUGUUAAAGCAAGUUGAGGCACUAAAGAUGGAGAACUCCAACCUUCGGCAGGAGCUAGAGGAUAACUCAAAUCACUUAACAAAACUGGAAACGGAGGCAUCUAACAUGAAGGAGGUGCUGAAACAGCUACAAGGAAGUAUUGAAGAUGAGGCAAUGGCAUCUUCUGGACAAAUUGACUUACUGGAGCGACUUAAAGAACUGAACUUGGAAAGUACCAACUUCCCUGGGGUGAAGUUAAGGACAAAGGUGUCCGUUCGUUCGUACGGGAGCCGGGAAGGGUCCGUGUCAAGCCGUUCAGGAGAGUGCAGUCCUGUUCCAAUGGGAUCAUUUCCAAGAAGAGGAUUUAUGAAUGGAAGCAGAGAAAGCACUGGUUACUUAGAAGAGCUAGAAAAAGAGAGAUCUCUUUUGCUUGCGGAGCUUGAGAAGGAAGAGAAAGAAAAAGACUGGUAUUAUGCCCAACUCCAGAACCUGACUAAAAGGAUUGAUAGUCUCCCCCUCACUGAAAAUUUCUCCCUGCAAACAGAUAUGACGAGAAGGCAGUUGGAGUAUGAAGCAAGGCAGAUCAGAGCUGCAAUGGAAGAACAGCUAGGUACUUGUCAGGACAUGGAGAAGCGAGCACAGGCAAGGGUGGCGAGAAUUCAACAAAUAGAGAAGGACAUUCUUCGUAUACGACAGCUCCUGCAAUUACAAGCAGCUGAAGCAGAGAGAGCACCUCAAAGCAAGCAUGAUGCAGGUUCCCAUGAUACAGAGAGGCAGAAUGAAGGUCAAGGAGCAGCAGAAAUCAGCGUGGCAACUGGCAGUACUGGUCAGGGUUCUGCUGCUCGAAUGGACCAUGAGACAGCCAGUGUUAUGAGCUCUAGCAAUAACUAUUCUGUUCCUCGCAGACUGACAAGUCAUCUGGGUACCAAGGUGGAAAUGGUGUAUUCAUUGUUAUCAAUGCUUGGUACUCAUGAUAAAGAUGACAUGUCAAGAACACUGCUAGCCAUGUCUAGCUCCCAGGACAGCUGCAUAGCCAUGCGUCAGUCUGGAUGUCUUCCUCUCCUCAUCCAGCUCUUACAUGGCAACGAUAAAGACUCUGUCUUGUUAGGCAACUCCCGUGGCAGUAAAGAGGCCCGUGCCAGAGCCAGCGCAGCGCUGCACAACAUCAUUCACUCCCAGCCCGACGACAAGCGAGGCAGGCGGGAAAUCCGCGUGCUCCAUCUCUUGGAGCAGAUCCGUGCUUACUGUGAAACCUGUUGGGAAUGGCAGGAGGCACAUGAACAAGGCAUGGACCAAGACAAAAACCCAAUGCCUGCUCCAGUGGAUCAUCAAAUCUGUCCUGCAGUGUGUGUUUUGAUGAAACUUUCAUUUGAUGAAGAACACAGGCAUGCGAUGAAUGAGCUUGGAGGUUUGCAGGCCAUUGCUGAACUAUUGCAAGUGGACUGUGAGAUGUAUGGACUUACAAGUGAUCACUAUAGUGUUACCUUAAGGAGGUACGCUGGAAUGGCUCUGACAAACUUGACUUUUGGAGAUGUGGCAAACAAGGCUACAUUAUGUUCUAUGAAGGGCUGCAUGAGAGCUCUUGUAGCCCAACUGAAAUCUGAAAGUGAAGACUUACAGCAG